GCAUCCGUUUCUGUUCGUGUGUUCAUGUGUAUAGAUUGUCUAUACAGACCGUCGGACAACAGGACAGGCGGCGGCGGCGGCCCGCGAGACUAUUACUACGCAGGACCCAAACGACGUACUUCGUAGCUGCGACCAAUGCAGCGCGGGCGAUAACGACCUCAAUGCAGCGCGGGUGAUAACAACCUCAAUGCAACUAUUACGAGAACUUCGCUUUUCGAGUCUCAUCUUCACAACUAGUUUCUUUUUUCAUUUAAGGCUUCAUUCCCACCUGCGAACCCCCACACUCGCUGUCUAUUAACCCGACUGUAGCAUUGGCGACACGAUGCGCUCCUGGUUCUUUCUGUUCGCCCUUUGCUGUGUGCCAGUGUUCGCAGUACCCGCGGCCCGCGACAAUCAUGUCGUCCACGAACGCCGCGCCGCAGAGCCCAACGAAGACUGGACGCGCACACGCAGGCUGGAAACCAACCGUAUCCUACCUCUGCGCAUCGGACUAGCCCAGAGCAAUCUACACAAACUGGAAGAACUCUUGAUGGACGUCUCCCACCCUCACUCUCCUUCGUACGGCAAACACUGGUCGCCCAUAGACGUUGUGGAUUACUUCGCGCCGAGCAACGAGACGAUAUCUGCGGUCAAGAACUGGCUGACGAGCUCGGGAUUCGAGGACGAGCGUCUGAAAUUGUCGCCUAGCAAGAGUUGGGUCACAGUCGAUGCGAGCGUUGCCGAAAUCGAAGAACUACUCAAGACCGAGUAUCAUGUCUACACGCACUCUUCUGGAAUGGAACAGAUCGGAUGUCGUUCUUACUCCGUCCCAAUUCAUGUUCGCGAGCACGUCGAUCUCAUCAAGCCAACAGUACACUUCACUCAGCAUCUCCCACGGGAGUCUGUAACACGCAAACGUGCCAAUUCAAGGCUGGGGAUGCCUUCGACAAGUACGGGCCCCAAGACGAACGGCGCUAAAGUCACUAUCACGCCAGCGUUGGAGAACUGUGACGAGCUGAUCACGCCCGACUGCUUGAGAGCCCUUUACUCCGUCGAUUAUACCCCUGUGGCCACUGCGAAGAACAGUUAUGGCAUCGUUGAAUUCACCCCUCAAGCCUUCUUGGCCGGUGAUCUGGAUUUAUUCUUUGCCAACUUUUCCCCGAGUCAAGUCGGAGUGAGGCCGACGCUGAUUUCCAUCGAUGGGGGAGUCGCCCAGACGACAGAUCAGAGCUUCGACUUCAACGGAGAGAGCGACCUUGAUCUGCAAUAUGCCAUGUCUCUGACGAACCCACAGCCUAUCACAUUAUUACAGACGGGAGAUCUGGUGGAAGGUGCAUCUUUCAACAACUGGCUGGAUGCCGUCGAUGGGUCAUUUUGCACAUUUGAGGGUGGAGAUGAUCCUACACAGGAUGGUAUCUACCCGGAUCGACUGCGCGGUGGCUUCAAAGGGCCUGAAUCCUGUGGGAUAAUUGCACCUCCCAAUGUGGUGUCUGUGUCGUAUGGUCAGGACGAAGCAAGCGUCACUGCGGCCUACGCAAACCGUCAGUGUACCGAGUACGGAAAGCUCGGUAUGAUGGGUACAACAGUGCUCUACAGUUCCGGGGACGACGGCGUCGCUGGAAACAGCGGCCUCUGUCUCAAUGCUGCAGGUAAAGCAACGGAAAAUGGAAAAAGAUUCAAUCCGGGCUUCCCGGUCACCUGUCCCUUCAUAACGGCGGUCGGUGCUACGCAGGUGAAUCCGGGCGCGACCGUAAACGACCCGGAGAGCGCCUGCGAGCAGGUUAUUUUCAGCGGGGGAGGCUUCAGCAAUAUCUUCCCCAUGCCGUCGUACCAGGCUGCCGCGGUGACAAGCUUUUUCUCGAAUACACCUCCCCCUUUCACAUCUGCGCAAUUUAACAAUAGCAAGAAUGUACGGGGAUUCCCUGAUCUGUCUGCGAACGGCGCCAACUACGUGAUAGGCAUCGAUGGGGAGUUCGAACUCGUCUUCGGAACGUCGGCGUCUUCUCCCGUAGUUGGAUCGUUGAUCACUCUCAUCAAUGAUGCGCGGAUCGCUGCAGGAAAAGGCCCAGUCGGCUUCAUUAACCCUGCGAUAUACUCCGACAGUUUCGCGAGUGGUUUCAACGAUAUCACCACAGGCGGUAACCAAGGCUGUGGCACUCCUGGGUUCAAUUCCACCCUUGGAUGGGACCCUGUCACUGGCGUUGGCACACCCAACCUCACGGCGCUCAUGCCGCUUUUCAUGGCACUACCAUGAACAUCUGUUGCGAGUCAUAAUAAGGUCAAUGUGCAUUCCCCUUAGGACUGAGAGUCACCCGUGUACAUUCUGUAUUCUGGGUCCUUUGAUAUAUAAAUUCAAGUGUAGAGGAUCUUAUGAUCAAUG